GCUCCGCGAGCCGCAAACCAGCGCGGAGAUGCUGCUCCCGUCCCUCCAUCCACUGCUCUGGCUCCUCCUGCUGCUCCCAGGUUCUACAGCUUCCACAAACUCUUCCACCCCCGCUGGAACAGGUCCAUCCCAACCAACAGCACCCAGCCCUGAAGCCAAGAACCACAGCUCAGAGCCAUCAGUAAAGCCAACACCACUGACUAACCUGAGCCUCACCUCUGUGGGUCAAACUACUACAGCCAAACCCUCCCCCACCACUACAACAAACCUGACAGCAACCACUGAGCAAGAUGAAAAGUGGAAACAGAGCACAGCAGCUCCUUCUCCAACACCUCGAGGUCAGGAUCCCAUGAGGAAUGAGAGCACCACAACAUCAGUGACUCGAGGUGCUUCCUCCUCACAGAGAGGCGCCUCAGAACCCAUCACCCCAACACCCAACUUCUCCAGCCAAUUGCCUGAGCCCACCCCGACAGACGAGAAAUCACCGCUGACAGUGGCAGCUUUUGGUGUCAUCAGCUUUGUCAUCAUCCUGAUAGUGGUGGUGAUCAUCCUGGUCAGCGUGGUCAGCCUGAGGUUCAAGUGCAACCACUCCAAGGAUUCAGAAGACAAACAGAAACCAGGAACCUCCAUGGUAUCAGAGAGCUGCUCAGCAGACACAAGCCAGAAGGGAAACAGCAUCACUCUGAUCUCCAUGAAGAACAUCAACACCAACAACAGCAUGAGCUACCCCCCAUCAGAAAAGGUUUCCCUUUUCAGCCUUGCUUUUUAGGGAAUCAGCUGGGGAUCAUUUCUCUGGCUAGAUAAGAGCAUGCCUUGAGGUAUUUCUUUGCUCUUUUAUUCCUUCAGAAAUAUGACAAAAACCACCUGCCACCAAACUUCUAAAGGUCCAAACUGCUUCCAGUGAGCCUGGUGAAAAUUUGAGUGCCCAUCUCAGGUUUGCCUGGGCUGGCUGAACUUGAGGUGCCAAGUUUAGCUCAUGUACACAGGUGACAUCACCUGUAGCCAGCUGCAAAGCUGGAGGGGUUUGCCAUUAAAUGGAGAGGUCUAUGAGAAAUCGAGGUUGCACCCUCCAGCCCAGCUUAGCUGCUCCUGCCCCACAAGUGGUUGAAGCACAUCCCCAUCAGUGCUCUCAGGUCCAUCCCACAUGAGGAAUUCUUAUCAUUUUCAGUUGUUUUAAAGCUGGGACUGAGUUUGGGAGAACACAUUGCUCUACUGCCUUUGUCAGCCCGGCCAGGCCACUGAU